GCAGAGCGAUUAGUCGAUUGUUCGGUGCCUGAAGAUUCGCAGGUAUAGCCGAAACCCGUGUCAAUCCAGGCAAAGGUUAAACAAACAGCGAUUUCAUAAAUCUUGCCGAUAAACAUGUUAUAUCUGAAUUUUUUUAAUCACAAUUUGUAUCAUCCCAGACUGUGCUAUUUAUAAAUUUGUGGCUGCUGAAACGGCCACAAAUCAUCCCUAAUUUCGGAAGUAGCAGCUUGCAAAAAGUGGCUGGUUUCUUGCAGUGAUGGUCAGUGCGUUAUCCGCGAAGGCAGUGUUGGCUGAACUUUGAGCAAUCACGUUAAAUGAGUCAAGGUUUUUGCAAUAAAGAAAAUUAAAUCCUGACACUCGCAUCUAUCUAAAUCACUCCUACUAUCCAAUUUUAACUCGUCGGUCCAAUUGUUAGUCACACAAUGCCGACCCUAGAUUAAUAAUUUUGACUUCAAGGGUACUUUUUGUAAGAAAUGUAGACUCCAUGGUAACAUGAAGCGACAUUUAACACCACCGGGGUGGCUUACAAUGAACGUGCCAAAACUCUGGCUUAAAGUCUGCUUCACCUUGCUCCUCGCCGGCCAGAUCCACGCAAACAUCGACCGAAAAGAGUUCUUCUGCGGGAAAAAAUUGGUGAAGACUCUCACCGAACUGUGCGCUAUUUACAAUUACCCGACUUUGCCUAGGAGACGUUUUCGGCGGCAAAUAGUGGACGAAUGUUGCCGGUCGCAGUGCUCUCGCCGGUAUUUGGUUCAGUAUUAUUGCAUGGAAGCCCACAGCUCGAUUGCGCACCUCCUCAAAGCCAAGCCCGAGCCGGAGAAACCCCCGGAAAGGCCCGUUGAAGCGCCCAAAGAGACCCCUGUAGGUACCACCCCCUCUCACAUUUCACCAAACCAUGGGCAUUGCAAAUGCAGGAAAAGGCGGGCGAAGAGGAUAAAUAAAUCGAAGAGGAUGCAAGGGCAGAGGAAUUUCAUUCAUAAUCCGGUGCCUCCGGCCAAUAUUGGCCACGUCGAACGCUCACAAACGCCGUUCUAUAUUUGGAAAUUCUCGAGGGUUUAUUAAAAACUUCGACUUAUUUAAAUCCAUUUCAUCUCAUCUAUUUAUUUCUCUGUGAUUUCUCUCGUACAAAACGUUGUAUUAUUUACGAGCUGAGUAUUUUUACGAAUCCCGAAAGAGCAAUUAGUAGACUUUAAUUAUUUAUUAAAAUAAGGACAAAGGAAUUGCGUGCUUCUGCUACUAAUUAUCUUCGGGGGAUUUUAUGCGACAUAAUAUUAUCUCGAAUUUUUUUACCUGUGAGUGACUUCUUUGUUGUAAUGGUUGUAAUUUAAAUAAAAUUUAAAACAAA